GGAGUGUUAUUUAUUUGCGUGCGCGGGCGCGCGCUGUCCGGGCUGGGCGGGCGGAGCGGGCUUUGACUGCUCCGCGGUUCUGAGGCGAAGAGGAGGAGUUAUCAAGUGGACGCUGAUGCUGUAUUUCUGGCUUGAGGGGGCGAGGGAGCAGAAGCUGAUGGUUGACAGCUUAGAGAAAAAUUUGAGAGAGGAUGGAUGCAAAAGCUCGAAACUGUUUGCUUCAACAUAGAGAAGCCCUGGAAAAGGACAUUAAAACGUCCUACAUCAUGGAUCGUAUGAUUAAUGAUGGAGUUUUAACAGUAUCAGAGGAGGAAAAAGUAAAAAAUGAGCCCACUCAGCAGCAACGAGCAGCUCUCCUAAUUAAAAUGAUACUUAAAAAAGAUAAUUAUUCCUACAUAUCAUUCUACAAUGCUCUAAUACAUGAAGGGUAUAAAGAUCUUGCUGGCCUUCUUCAUGGUGGCAUUCCUGUCAUCUCUUCUUCGAAUGGUGGCAAAGAUUCAGUUGGUGGAAUAACUUCAUAUGUAAGGACUGUCCUGUGUGAAGGUGGAGUGCCACAGAGGCCGGUGGUCUUUGUUACUAGGAAGAAACUGGUGAACUCAAUUCAGCAGAACCUCUUCAAACUAAAUGGUGAACCAGGAUGGGUCAUCAUAUACGGAAUGGCAGGUUGUGGGAAGUCUGUUUUAGCUGCAGAAACUGUUCGAGAUCAUUCUUUCUUAGAUGGUUGUUUCCCAGGGGGUGUGCACUGGGUUUCAGUUGGGAAACAAGACAAGUCUGGGCUUCUGAUGAAACUGCAGAAUCUUUGCGCACGGUUGGAUCAGGAUGAGAGUUUCUCCCAGAGGCUUCCACUCAAUAUUGAAGAGGCUAAAGACCGCCUUCGCAUUCUGAUGCUGCGUAAACACCCACGGUCUCUGUUGAUCUUGGAUGAUGUUUGGGAUCCUUGGGUAUUAAAAGCUUUUGACAAUCAGUGUCAGAUUCUUAUUACAACCAGAGACAAGAGUGUUACAGAUUCAGUAAUGGGUCCUAAAUAUGUAGUCUCUGUGGAGAGUGGCUUAGGAAAAGAAAAAGGACUUGAAAUUUUAUCCCUUUUUGUUAAUGUGAAGAAAGCAGAUUUGCCAGAACAAGCUCACAGUAUUAUAAAAGAAUGUAAAGGUUCUCCUCUUGUAGUGUCUUUGAUUGGUGCACUUUUACGUGAUUUUCCCAACCGUUGGGAUUACUACCUUAGGCAACUUCAGAAUAAGCAAUUUAAGAGAAUAAGGAAAUCUUCAUUUUAUGAUUAUGAGGCUCUGGAUGAAGCCAUGUCUAUAAGUGUUGAAAUGCUCAGAGAGGACAUCAAAGAUUAUUAUACAGAUCUUUCCAUCCUUCAGAAGGAUGUUAAGGUGCCUACAAAGGUGUUAUGUAUUCUCUGGGACAUGGAAACUGAAGAAGUUGAAGACAUACUGCAGGAGUUUGUUAAUAAGUCUCUCUUAUUCUGUGAUCGGAAUGGAAAAUCAUUUUGUUAUUAUUUACAUGAUCUUCAAGUAGAUUUCCUUAUAGAAAAGAAUCGCAACCAGCUUCAGGAUCUACAUAAGAAGUUAAUCACUCAGUUCCAGAGACAUCACCAGCCACAUACUCUUUCACCAGAUCAGGAGGACUGCAUGUAUUGGUACAAUUUUCUGGCUUACCACAUGGCUAGUGCUAACAUGCACAAAGAACUUUGUGCUUUAAUGUUUUCCCUGGAUUGGAUUAAAGCAAAAACUGAACUCGUAGGCCCUGCCCAUCUGAUUCAUGAGUUUGUGGAAUAUAGGCAUAUAUUGGAUGAAAAGGAUUGUGCAGUCUGUGAAAAUUUCCAAGAGUUUUUAUCAUUAAAUGGACACCUUCUUGGACGACAGCCAUUUCCUAAUAUUGUUCAACUGGGUCUCUGUGAACCAGAAACUUCAGAAGUUUAUCAGCAAGCUAAGCUGCAGGCCAAGCAGGAGGUCGAUAAUGGAAUGCUUUACCUGGAGUGGAUAAACAAAAAAAACAACAAGAAUCUUUCCCGCUUAGUUGUCCGCCCCCAUACAGAUGCUGUUUACCAUGCUUGCUUUUCUGAGGAUGGUCAAAGAAUAGCUUCUUGUGGAGUUGAUAAAACCUUACAGGUGUUCAAAGCUGAAACAGGAGAGAAACUUCUGGAAAUCAAGGCUCAUGAGGAUGAAGUGCUUUGUUGUGCAUUCUCUGCAGAUGACAGAUUCAUAGCAACCUGCUCAGUGGAUAAAAAAGUGAAGAUUUGGAAUUCUAUGACUGGGGAACUAGUACAUGUCUAUGAUGAGCACUCAGAGCAAGUCAACUGCUGCCACUUUACCAACAACGGUCAUCACCUUCUCUUAGCCACUGCAUCAAGUGACUGUUUCCUCAAACUGUGGGAUUUGACCCAAAAAGAGUGUCGGAAUACCAUGUUUGGCCACACAAAUUCAGUCAAUCACUGCAGAUUUUCACCAGAUGAUAAGCUUUUGGCUAGUUGUUCAGCUGAUGGAACAUUAAAGCUUUGGGAUGUGAAAUCAGCAAACGAGAGGGAAAGCAUUAAUGUGAAGCAAUUCUUCCUAAAUUUAGAGGAGCCUCAAGAGGAUAUGGAGGUGAUAGUGAAAUGUUGUUCAUGGUCUGCUGAUGGUGCUAGGAUAAUGGUGGCAGCAAAAAAUAAGAUCUUUCUUUUUGACAUUCAUGCCAGUGGCCUGUUGGCAGAAAUCCAUACAGGCCAUCAUAGCACCAUCCAGUACUGUGACUUCUCCCCACAAAAUCGUUUGGCAGUGGUGGCUUUGUCCCAGUGCUGUGUAGAGUUGUGGAACAUGGACUCGUGUUUAAAAGUGGCUGACUGCAGAGGACAUUUAAGUUGGGUUCAUUGUGUGAUGUUUUCUCCUGAUGGAUCAUCAUUUUUGACAUCUUCUGAUGACCAGACAAUCAGGCUCUGGGAGACAAAGAAAGUAUGUGAGAACUCUGCUAUAGUGUUAAAGCAAGACAUAGAUGUUGUGUUUCAAGAAAAUGAAGUGAUGGUUCUUGCAGUUGACAAUGUAAGACAUCUGCAGCUCAUUAAUGGAAAAACAGGUCAGACUGAUUACCUGACAGAAGCUCAAGUUAGUUGCUGUUGCUUAAGUCCACAUCUUGAGUACAUUGCAUUUGGAGGCGAAGAUGGAGCCAUUGAGAUUUUAGAACUCCUAAACAACAGAAUCUUCCAAUCCAGGAUUGGGCACAAGAAAACUGUACGGCACAUCCAGUUCACAGAUGAUGAGAAAACUCUUAUUUCAAGCUCUGAUGAUUCUUCAAUUCAGGUUCCAAAGCUCAUACUGAGAAGUCUGAAGCCAUUCUGAUUCCCAAUCUUUCUCUCUGGAAGAUUUUUGGAUCUUCUCUUUGUCCCUAGAAUUUUGAAAUUUCAUGAUGAUGUGCCUUGGUGUGUAUUUGUUUUAUCCAUUGUUUUGCCUAUUUGUGGUCCCUUCUCAAUUUGGAAACAUUUUUUAAUGCAAGUAAACUUAAAUUUUUCUUUGAUUCCUCCCCACCCCAAUAUGCUUUCUUUUUCUUUAACAACCAUUAUUCAGAUAUUGGAUCUCCUGGACUGAUCAUGUAAUUUUCUUUUUCUGCAUUUCAUGAUUUUAAACCAUGCUGUGUUUUCUGAGUUUUCUUCAGCUUUAUCUUCCAGGCCUUUAAUUGACUUUUUUAUGUGUACUAUUUUUUUUUUUUUAAUGUUUAUUUUUGACAGAGAGAGAGAGACAGAGCAUGAGCAGGGGAGGGGCAGAGAGAGAGGGAGACACAGAAUUGGAAGCAGGCUCCAAGCUCUGAGCUGUCAGCACAGAGCCCGACGCAGGGCUCGAACCCACAGACUGCGAGAUCAUGACCUGAGCCAAAGUCGGAUGCUCAACCAACUGAGCCACCCAGGCGCUCCUUAUUUCUACUAUUUUUAAUGCUGAAGAGUCCAUUCUUAUUUCUUUAGAAGAGCACUGUGUUCUUGUUUCAGAGAUGUAAUAUCUUCUUUGAGGAUGGGUGGAUAUAUAAAUAAUGUACAAAUUAUACAUAUAAUACACAUAUAUGUAUAUAUGUAUGUAUGUAUAUAUAUAUAUGUAUGUAUAUAUAUACACAUAAUUUUUUCCUCAAAAUUGCAUUUUCAUGCAUAGUUGCUAUUUCUUCCAAGUUUUUUUUUUUUUUUUUUUUCUGUGUGGUUGCUUUGGCCUCUUAUUUUAAAUGUCUUCCUCAGCUCUGUGGUGAUACUAGCUACCAGAGGUGGACACUAAAAGGCUGAUUGAAAGCUCUGCAUGUUGACUGAGACCUUUUCUGAAAAGUAGUCUGGAUGGGGAAUCUUUGUUGUCAGUAUCUUUAGGUGUUUUGUCAUGUACUUGUCAGAUUACUAGAGAAGAAACUUCUGGUCUUUCUGCCUGGAGGUUAUAAAUCUGGCUGACAGGUUCUUAGAGCUAAGUGGGGAGGAGAACUGGGGGGUAGCUGUAGGGUCUCGUCAUUUAGUGUGUAAACCUUCACUGGAUCCCUCUGUUCUCAAAACUAUAAUUCUGUCCUCAGUUGUGCUGGUGCCCUUUAAUUUAGAGUCUUCUUUCUGGUCUAUUCCCAUUGUCUGUAGGAGCAUUUUCUACACUUGAUUCUCUCUCUCUCUUUUUUUUUCAUAGUAACUUUGUUUCAUUCAAUGAUGGUUCUUUUCUUUUUUACACAAAAUUAGUUUUCCUGAACUUUUUGAAGGAGUAGGUAAGGCCAACGUUUCUAGCUUUAUAGCUCUACAGCUUCUCCUUCUGUUGUUUUCAUGAAACAUUAAAAACAUGGCCUUGUUCUUAUGACAUUGCUUUGCUCUAUCCUCUUCCUUUGUUGUUUUUUUUUUACACCUUCACUUUCCUUUGCUGCCAGAAUCCUUGUUCCACUCAAUUUGGAUUCUAUUCCCAGCAGUUUCUCCUCAUUAGUAUAGGAUUAUCCUGGUUAAUUUUGAGAGUUCAUAGGUCCCAGACUGCUCCAUCCCUUCCAGACUGGACCAUAGUUGCCUUGCAUUCAGUGUCUGCUGCUGCUGUCCCAUUGGUCCACUGAGCUUUCCAGUGAAUGUACUUGGCUCUUUUGGAAUUCUCUUUUUAGGUUUGUCAGACUCUCCAUACUUCUCUAUACUUUCCACAUAGAUGCUGGGAUGCAAGUCUUGCAGCUCUCAGUUUGUCCCUACUCACUUGUAUCUUGGGGUUUAUGGAAAUACUUUGUCAGUUAACAGGGUCUUGUUGUCAGUGUUGUCUGUGCAUUUUUGGUUUUGGUAUUGCAGUUGCUUUGUCCACUUUUGAUGGAGGCUUCAGGGAGAUUAAAAAAAAACAAAACUCACCUGUACUGUUGCCAUCUUCCCAGAAUUCCUAAUAGUUCUGGUCCUAUGCUCAUCCUCAUUCCCACCUCUGGAUGUACUCAGUGACCUAAGUUUCUGAGCAAUUGGUGAAUUCUGUACUGUCAGUUUUGUUGCUUCGGUUUUUCUCUAAUGCUUUUAGGAUUCUGUUUUCUUGGUUCUGCUAUUCUCUAUUUCUUGGUUCUGCUCUUUUCUUGGUUCUAUCAUUCUGCUUUUCAGGCUCCAACAUUUUUGUUCCUAUUCCCUUUAGCUUGUCAUUGUAGUAGGGUUUUAGAAGUGAAGGAGAUACAAAUACAUAUGUUGAAUAGAAGUUACUGUAUGUUCUUUUAUUUAACAUGUGUUUCUUGCAUUAGCAAUAUUUACAGUAUUUUGACAGGGUGCCUGGUUGGCUCAUUUGGAAGAGCAUGUGACUGUUGAUCUCGGGGUCAUGAGUUCAAGUCUUACAUCGGGGAUAGAGAUUACUUAAAUAAAUAAAAACUAUUUUGAAAAAAAAUAUUUUUAUGUUAUGUCUUUGUGAGUUCUAUAUGAUUGGAAUGAAAUUUGGUUUCAGUGCAGAAAGUUACUAUAGGCUCUCAUGAUAUUGUUAUUAGCAUUAGCUAUGAAACUCAGUGUAAUAUUCACCUUUCUUCCUCUCCAGAUUGCUUUGAAAUGGGUGAAACUAAACUACAUCUGAUGAGAUUCUGUUGAGACCUUGUAUACUGUAUAGUUUUUCUGUCAGAAGCUAAAAUCAUAGGUUUAAUGACCUGCUUGAACAUCAGGUAUUCUCAGCCAGAGAGAGAAAUAAUUUCUAGGAAUAUUUUUAGGUUCAGAGUUAGAUUAUUUUAGAAAUAUGAGUUAAGUGGUGUUUCAUCCUCUUUUUUUGCUCUAUCCAGAAUACUUCUUACAUUUAAAAUGUUUUAGUAUAGGGGCAUCUGGGUGGCUCAGUCGGUUAAGUGGCCGACUUUGGCUCAGGUCAUGAUCUCGUCAUGGUCCAUGAGUUCGAGCCCCGCGUUGGGCUCUGUGCUGACAGCUCAGAGCCUGGAGCCUGUUUCGGAUUCUGUGUCUUCCUCUCUCUGACCCUCCCUGUUCAUGCUCUGUCUCUCCCUGUCUCAAAAAUAAAUAAAACGUUAAAAAAAAUUUAAAAAAAAUUAAAUGUUUUAGUAUAUAUUCAUGUAACAAAACUCUUGCUGGGUAUUUUGAAGAAUUGACUGGUUGGGUUUUUAUUUUAACUUUUUAAUAAAUAAUUAAUUGGAAGUUUAUGCCCCAGCCCUCUUUGUUGAGGUGUGACAAAAUUGUAUAUGUUUUGGACAUACAUUAUGAUUUGAUAUAUACACAUUGUUAAAUAAUUACAAUGAUCAAGUUAUUUAAUGAAUCCACACACGUCACAUAGUUAUCAUCUUGGAGGUUUAUUUGAUUCAUUUUUGUAUCCCCAGUGCCUAGAAUUUAGCAGGAGUUCAGUAAAUCUCUGUUGAGCUGAACCAAAGUUAUUUCCAAAAUUUAAAAAUCAAUUCACUUGAUUGAUUAUAGCACCUAGUGUUGUAAAAAUUGAGGUCUACCUUUGGUAGUUUUUGAUCCUUUUUCUUGAGAUAAAUAUAGCCCAAGUAGCAGCCAUGUUCACCUGAGCUAUGACACUAUAUUAAUUCUUACAGGUAUAAGAAGAUUCUUCAGCAUUUUUAAAAUUUAAAUUUUACCAUUUAUAUAGCUGAAAACAUUCUGUAGUGUACAUACAUUGCAAAAAUUAUAGCUCAUGGUAGGGACAUCCCCAAACUCAAUACAUUUGGUUAAUGCUGGUGAAAGUUUAGCUGUUAUAUAAGGUAAUUCAGUUAGUACACUGUGUAUGAGUCCAGUAAAAAAGGUGUCCCUGUCAUCACUGCCUUAUCAGAAAGCUUUUGCAACAAACCGCUAAGGCUGUUCUUAAUCUUUCCUCAGUCAUUGUCAAACUUUUUGUUCUAUCUGCUCAGGAAGGAUCUCUGACUUCUUGACGUGGAGGGCAGCAGUAAGAACCCAACUCAAGAUUGAACAUUGAAUCAGACACAGCUGGGAAUGGCAGUACUGGUCACUAUACUGGAAGAGCUGUUAAUAGUAGUCACUGAUUCUCAACUGCAGUAAUGCCCAGAAAGUAGGAGCAACCCAGAAAUUUCCUAGUGGAAAUGAUCUAGGUGUAUUUUAUGCUUAGUCACACAGGGUGCCUUUCUUUUCUGAUAUGAUUUGGGGAGCCAGAGAAACCUCUCUUUAUUCCUCCUCCUCAACAUGUCUCCUUGAGUUCUUAAAAUGCUGAAAUUCCUAAUACAUUCUCUUUAAAAUUCCUCUCAUUUCUAACUCCUCUUCUAGGGUCCUCUUGCUCUCAUACAGAUACCCUGCUCCUGAUCUCCUCCUUCUGUGAAUGAGCACUUGGAGACAGAAGAGAUAGAGA